AUGCCAUUUUUAGAUAUUAGAGACAAAGAUAUUUUCAAUAUUGAGCUUUAGUAAUUAAAUAACAAUGUUGUGUAUAAAGAUAAGAAAAUAUCAUAGUUUUGUCUAUUUCGAUCAAAUGAAUCAAAUAGGAUAGAUUUGUAAUAGAGAAAUUGCAAGAUAUUGUUCAUUACAAAAUUAAAUUAAGAUAAAUGUAUAUUAAGCAUUUCUUUAAAUAAAUUUAGUUAUUGUAAUUUAUUAACGCAAUUCAGAUUAAAGGAAUAAAAUUAACACAAUUUAAUGGGGUAAUCAGUAUUCUUAAAAAUGUUCUUGUUUUUGAUUAUGGAUGAGUAAAAGAGGAGGAAAACAAGGUUAUGA